UACCAUCCGCGUCAGUAAGACAGCUCUCAGAUCCAACAAUGACAAUGAAAGUUUGGGAUUCUGUAGUAUCUGCCCACAUUGACCUACUUGGGAAGGAUCCAUCCAAUGGUAGAGGACAAUGGGUUGUUACAGAUGAACAGCCGUCAAUUGGUUACAUGCAUUCUGGUUAUCCAAUCGUCACCCAUCUGGACAUGGCAGAUCCUAAUAAGAUCUACGAGGACUGCUUCCUAUUGUCCAGGGACCACAUUUUAAACGUAAACAACAUGAAAGGAGCUGGGGAAUGUUCCAUGAACUGGGACAUAAUUUCCAGGAUUCUAUGUGGACGUGGGGUAGAACGAAGGAGGUGACUUGUAAUAUAUUUACUUUGCAUGCUAUGGACGUAGUUUGCAAUGUGAAACCAUGGGAUCAUCUCUGGGUCAGAUAAAAGUUCGA